AUGCACACAAAUAUGAGGUUGUUUACUGUGGAGCAACUUGAAUUAAUAAGAAGAUUGCGUCUUACAGGAAUAACAUCUGAUGCAGUGAUUGAGGCAUUUAAAACAUUGGAACAAUUUGAAAAUAAUCUAGAAAACAACCGAUUACAACAAGCUGCUAUUGCUGCAAUGUUGAUGCCUGGAACAGAUAUAAGUAUGAAUUUUAAUAAAAUUCCUUUACAAAAUAGUAUUGGUAGUAAUUUGUUAAGUAGUAGUAUCUUAACAAAUUCUAAUAAUCAAUCAAAUUUUGAUACAUUAUCACAAAAUCCUUUACUUUUUAAACAUUUAUCUGUUGGAUCAUUAGCCAAUAUCAAUAAUAAUAAUAAUAAUAAUAGUCAUAAUAAUACUAGUAGUAGUUGUACUAAUAGUACUUCAAGUGAAAAAAGUCCAUCUCUCAUUUCUGAAACAAAUUCCUCAUCCUCACCAGUUUCACUUUCAAAAAGUGGUGAAGAAAUUAUUAAAUCAACUGAAGAUUAUCCAUUUUCAACAUCACCACCAACUUCUAAUGGUGGUAGACCAAUACGUUCAAAUAGAACACCAAUGCGUGAAAUAACAACACUUGAUGAUCCAAAAGAGUUAGAAGAAUUUAUUGAAAAAGGUGAAGAAAAUUGUAUUAAUGAUAUGAGACAAUUUAUUACUCAAUUAUCAUUAAGACAAACAACUGUUGCUCAGAUGACAGGAGUUUCACAACCAUAUAUUUCAAAAAUGUUAAAUGGUAAUCAUAAAGAAUUAUCAUUAAGAUGUAGGAAAAAUAUUUAUUCAUGGUAUCUUAAUAUGAAAAAACAUCCUGAAAAACUUUCAAGUUACUUAUCUGAUCCAUUAAUAAGAUUAGAAACAAAUACUGAUGGGGAAUUAAUACCACAACGCCGUGAAAGAUAUGUCUUUAGACCAAUAUUAAUAAAAAUAUUAGAAUCUUUCUUUUUGGAGGCACCAUUUCCAGAUUAUGCUAAAAGAAUGGAAAUAGCUGCUGUUUGUAAUAAAGCAUUAUUAAAAGAAAAAAAUGGUAAUGAUUUAUUAAAUAAAGAAAUUGUCUCACCACAAGUUGUUGCUAAUUGGUUUGCCAAUAAAAGAAAAGAAAUGAAAAAAAAGACAACAGAAGAAAUUUUUCCUCUUAAUUAUUCUGGACAUUUAACUAAACAAUCUAUGGAUAUGUAUAGAAAUAAUAUCUCUCCAGAUGGAACAAUAAAAUCAGGUGGAUCAACAACAGAAGACUCCCGUCCAUCCUCCACCGGUGGGGAGGAAAAUAAUUCUCCAAUUAAUUUAUUAAUAAAAAAUACCAAUUCUGGAGAUUUUUCUUUUUUAAUGGCUAAUGCCCUUCAACAACAAGCAGUAUUUCAUAAUGCUUUUAAUAAUCCUCUUCAAACAGGAUUGGUUAAUACAACCGAGUGA